UACCGAUACAAAAGCUGUUAUUUUUUGUGGUAACUUUGUUUACUUAAUUAAAUUACAAAUUUUCUAAUUCCAUAUUUUUUUCUUCAACGCCUCAUAAUAAGUUUCUAGAUAAUAAAUUCAAUCUUACGUCAAUGCUGGAAUCAGGCGGCAUACCCAUUGUCAACCAUUCGUGCAUCGUCGCCAUUUUUCAAAGCAUAUCUUUGCGAAUCAAAAACAAACUUAACCAAAAGCGGAAAAUCUGGUUUCUUUUUCUGUGAGUACAUUGCACACGUAGUGCGUUUGUAAAACGUAAUUGGUAAACGCGUCCGUAAAGCAGAAAACCGUUGAGUUGGUGUCUUGCAUUCGUCUCCCGUGACAAAAAACACGAUUAGGGCACCACAGUUAGAUAAAGAAACUUUUUUCCGUGUGUAUACUGUUGCCGUACGGUUUAUGUCCGUAUUUCCUUUGGUCACAUUUCCGGUUUUAAUCAUCCAGAGACGAGUGCAUCUAAAACAAUGUAGGUCAAUAGCAAAAGGCUUCAUAUCGGAAGGUAUAAUAGUGUGUAAUCAGCAGAUCAAACGUCGUUAAGAAUACCAAAAAAUUGUGGACACUGGUAGAAAAGCAAGCUUCCCGUUCGUUCCUUCUAACCGUGAUCCAUUUUCGGCACAAUGUUAAACGUAGGCACGGUCACGGUAGAAGCCCACUACUCAACCAACUACGUCGAAAACUAUCUCGAUUCGGUAGAAAAUCUGCCCGACGAUGUGCAGCGGCAUCUUUCACGCAUUCGCGAAAUCGAUGUCCUCUACCGGGGUCAUCUGCGGGAUGUUAAUAUGUACUGCGAGCAAUGGAAACUCAACCAGGCGCCUCAAGGAACAACCGCCGGAACUACAAAAAGCAGCACAACAACAGAAGCAUCAUCAUCGUCAACGGCGGCAACAACGACAGAACCGAACAACGGUCAAAAACGGGCUGCUUCGCGGAUACAGAAAAGUCUCAUCGCGGCCCAGGAGCUGGGUGAUGAAAAGUUACAAAUCAUUCAACAACUGCAAGACCUGAUCGAUCACAAAACACGCCAACUGGAUCAGGAUUUCAUGAACCUGGGCAACGAGUUCUUCGUUCGGCUCGAUUACGCUCGAGACGAUAAAACGCUUGACGGUGGUCGGGAUGGCAAUGGUACGAGUUUAAUCGGUACCCCUGUGGGGGGCAGUACCGCUAGCAACGGACCGGGCCAAUACGGGGUGACGGGCAAUGGGACCGGCAACGGACCGAACGUCACCGGUGGAUAUGGCAUUAGUGGUGCUGGCAGUAAUGGUGCCAACAUUGGAAUCGGUUCCAAUUCGCAUAUCAUGCACACAAGCAAUGGAACAAGCGGUAACGGAGUUGCUAGCACACUGGGCGGAGGCAAUGGAUCGGGAAUGUACGGUGGAAACAACGGAAGUGGUUCGAUAAGCAAUGAGCGAAGUUCGAAACGUGCCCGGAGAACCCGCAAUGAGCAGACCGGUGGUUCAGCAAACGGUUCUAAUACACCGAAUUCGAUGUGUGGCGUUAGUGCGAUGGAUGUAGAUCCGAUCGAGGAUGCUCUUGGCGGUAGCGGUGGCGUUGGUUCCGGUGGUAUAGUAACGGGUGGAAGUCCCGGUAACCCAGGCGGAGGAAACGGAGGUUCAACGGGUAGCGUUACAAUCUCCACCGGUGGCAAUGGUGGACAAAGCGUUAGCGGAGCAAUGAAGCAGGAAUCUAGCAUUGGUGGCAAUGGUAAUGGAGGCAACAGCGCCACGAGUGUAUCAGGAAACAGCCAUACUAGCAUAAGCGCGUCAGGAUCCGGCCAAGUGCAGAGCUCAACAAUUGGUGGUAACAAUGGUUCUAAGAGUGGUAACAACGGUGGAAACGGUGGUUCAAACAGUUCCAGUACCGCCUCUGGUAGCAGUGGAAAUAAUGGCAAUAAUGGCAAUGGCGGCAAUUCUGGUAGUGGCACCGGAAGCAGCAAUUCGCAGCUAAACAGUUCCAACCAGGGUGGCGGAGGUGGUGGUGGUGGUGGUGGCAAGAAGGGCAACGGCAGCGGUAACAACACGGCCAGCGGUAGUGGUGCCGGUGGCGCGAACGCGGGCAAGAAGAAAAAGCGAAAGACAGGCGGUCGGGGAUCGCACGCAACGCGAGAAGCUCGUGAAGAUACACCGGCAGCCGAGGAAACGAUCGAUCCGGACGAACCGACAUACUGUCUGUGUGAUCAGAUUUCAUUCGGCGAAAUGAUCCUCUGUGAUAACGAUCUCUGCCCGAUCGAGUGGUUCCACUUUAGCUGUGUUUCGCUUAUCUCGAAACCGAAGGGUCGCUGGUACUGCCCAAACUGUCGCGGUGAUCGACCGAACGUGAUGAAACCGAAGGCACAAUUCCUCAAGGAGCUCGAGCGCUACAAUAAGGAAAAGGAAGAAAAAACGUAAAUUAAGCGCACGGCCGGAAAAGGUAGCAGUUUGAAAGGGAGUAGUAGCAACGCGUCCUAUACGCACGCCAGAAGGUAUUUUCAUAAAGGAUGUUAAAGCAAAGGGUACAGAACGAUUGUCUUUCGUGGCGUAUUUUAGAUCGUAAGCAUUCUUCUCAUUUCUAAUCUAUAUAGCGUCUCGUAAAUAAACAGGCAAUUAGGACAGUUUA